UCUAUUUUUCUUUUUCGUUCACACAUCAUCGUCCCUCUCAAGUCUUAGCCAAAGCGGGAAAAAGCCCUACCGAGGUUUCAGGCGGGAGUCUUGGAGAAAGAGAUCGAUGGCGCCACUGGUCCAGAGCUCUCAGCCAUGGGUCGAAAAAUAUCGGCCGAAGCAAGUGAAAGAUGUGGCUCAGCAGGAUGAGGUGGUCCGCGUCCUCACCAACACCCUAGAGACCUCAAAUUGUCCGCAUAUGCUCUUCUAUGGCCCGCCCGGCACUGGAAAAACCACCACCGCUCUCGCCAUUGCCCACCAGCUUUUUGGACCUGAACUCUACAAGUCUAGAGUUUUGGAGCUCAAUGCAAGUGAUGAUCGUGGGAUCAAUGUUGUUCGGACAAAGAUCAAAGACUUUGCUGCUGUCGCUGUGGGUUCUGCUCAACGACAGGGGGGUUACCCUUGUCCACCAUUUAAGAUCAUUAUUCUUGAUGAGGCGGAUUCAAUGACAGAAGAUGCUCAGAAUGCCCUAAGACGUACAAUGGAAACUUACUCCAAAGUCACAAGAUUCUUCUUUAUAUGUAAUUAUAUCAGCAGGAUCAUAGAGCCACUUGCUUCAAGGUGUGCAAAGUUCAGGUUUAAGCCACUUUCAGAAGAUAUAAUGAUCACCCGUGUACUGCACAUUUGCCAAGAAGAAGGACUUGACCUGGAGCCAGAGGUUCUGUCAACACUAAGUUCUAUCUCACAAGGUGAUCUUCGUCGAGCUAUCACAUAUUUGCAGUCAGCUGCUCGCUUAUUUGGAUCUUCUAUUACUUCAAAGGACCUGAUUAGUGUCUCCGGGGUAAUUCCACAAGAGGUUGUCGAUUCAUUUUUUGCUGCUUGCAGAAGUGGCAACUUUGAUUUGGCAAACAAGGAAGUCAACAAUGUAAUUGCAGAAGGAUAUCCAGUCUCCCAAAUGUUUUCACAGUUGUUUGAGAUUGUGGUUGGAGCAGAUGAUAUAUCAGAUGAACAGAAGGCUAGAAUAUGCAAGAAAUUGGGCGACGCAGAUAAGCGUCUUGUUGAUGGCAGUGACGAAUACUUGCAGCUGCUGGAUGUUGCAAGCAGCGCAAUGCGAGCUAUCUGCAACAUGCAAGAAGAAUUCUCUUAAGUGAAUCAUUUCAGAACUCAGAUGCAGGUGUUUUCUAUAUUGUAGAAACUAGUUAUUGAAUAUCUUUUGCUGGAACAUAAUGAUGUUGUGAAAUAGACGGAGAACUAGCUAAUGUUUAUUAUCUCUUAACAUGCGAUAGCUUAUUGGAUUAAUGGAUUUAGCAGUGAGCAUGGGAGACA